GCAACGUUGUCCUGUCCAACAUCCAGAGCAGUAAACCUCAUCGAGGCGGCCACGAUGGAGGACAGCAAAGCCCCGGUGUCGGAGCACGGCGGGGAGACCUCCAAGGCCGCGGUGCUCGUGGGGGUGGCCGCCGGCAGCGGGGGACGCAGGGGCAGGGCGGCUACCCGCGUUCUGGCCGUGGUCGACCUCAUCCUCCGCUCCGUCGCGGUGGUCGCCACCGUCGGCAGCGCCAUCGCCAUGGGCACCACCAACCAGACGCUGCCCUUCUUCACGCAGUUCCUCCGGUUCAAGGCGCAGUACAGCGAUCUCCCGACCCUUACGUUCUUCGUGGUGGUGAACUCGAUCGUCGCCGCGUACCUGGUGCUGUCCAUACCCCUGUCCAUCGUGCACAUCAUGGCGAGCAGCGCGAAGUACAGUAGGCUGGUCUUGGUUUUCUUUGAUGCGGCAAUGCUGCUGGCGCUGGUGACGGCGGCGGCGUCGGCGGCCGCGGCGAUCGUGUACCUGGCGCACAAGGGCAACGCCAGGGCCAACUGGCUCGCCAUCUGCCAGCAGUUCGACUCCUUCUGCGAGCGCAUCUCCGGCUCCCUCAUCGGCUCAUUCGCGGCCAUGGCUCUGCUCCUUUUGCUCAUACUCCUCUCCGCCGCCGCAUUGGCGCGGCGUUAGAUGGCCACACCUGAGUGGCCAGGCGUACCCUGCUCUGGUCGCGUGCAAGGCGUUGCAUUGCAUGUGCGUGCGUACUGGUCACCGUAACAUGACGUGCUCGUGCAAAGGUGGCUUACAAAUAAGGCACUAGUGUCGUGUCUUUGUGCAAAGGUUGCGGUACAUCGUGAAAAGACUCACAUCUUGUAGUCUUUUUUUUUUGUUUUUCAGUUUGGACCUUAUUCUUAAGUUAUUAUUCAUUAAUCAAAUAAUACUAACUUAUAGAUGACUAAA